AUGUCGGCAUUAGCGGAGAAAAUCGGCACUAAGCUUCUGGUAAAAUUUGCUUGUGGUAUUGCACAAGCUGCUGGCGCCAAGGCUUUUGAGAAGGGGUUUGAGGAGUUCUUUGGCAGCGAUGAAAAGAACCUUGAGAACACCAUCAAGAACGAGAUCGCAGAUGUCAAGAAGGAACUCAAGGAAGCCAUCAACCAGAUUCGAGAUGUCAAGAAGUCUAUUGAGAACCUUGCCAGUCAAUUGGCUGAUAGCAUCCUGCAACUUCGAAGCGACUCCUUGAAGGGUCACUUGACAAAGAUCGACAGUCUCUACAACAGCAUCAUCGACAUUUUCGAGACUGUCGUUCACGACUCCGAGAUUACGGACCUUGAGAAGCGCCAGCUGAGGAUGCGUGAGCUCCAAAAGCGAUUGGACAGUCGACUUAAGGAGGUUGCUAAGGACGUUCCCGAAAGUCUGGAACAAAUCAACAGCUUUCUUGGCGAGGAGGGAAACAGUUCGUUCCUAAAGCAACUCGCACAGCGUGCUUUUGACAACUCUGAAGAAUUCCGAAUUUUUUACCUCAGAUGCAGGGCUUUGGUCUACAGCUACUGGGCAGUGGUCGGCCGGGGAAUUGAGCUUUUAGAGAUGGCGACAAAAGCCCCGAAAGUCCACUUCUCCGAAGGAGAGAAGACUACCGCCCGGCACCUUGGAUACCUGGAGAAGCAGCAAAAGCUUUUCGAAUCAUCUGUCGGCAAGGCUACGAUCGACCUCUACAACAGGCUUAUGGAAGUCAAGGGUGAAGAGAAGCUGAAAGUCUGGUUUGCGACAAACGCUUCAUCUGGAUUUUCAGGACACACUCUCCCUAUUGAUGGACUCGGCCCCGUAGCCGUUGCAGAUGCCGGGUGGCAGAAAUGGUACCUAACACCUGCGUCGGGCAGGGAAUCACUUGAUUCAUUCAGCGGCUCUGCCUAUUGGCUACAAGACAUUGAAACAGGCGAUUGGUUGGGCAAUCUAACUGCAGGUGCUGGCUAUCUUACUAGCAGAUACGUCAUUAAAGGACAUGGGCUCAAGACCCCCGUUCAGUGGAACUGGUUUAUCAAGCCUGCAGCGCCAGGUUCCGACAGGUUUACUCUUAGGCAGGAAGAGUCUCCAGGCUGGGUUAUAAGUGUGGACAGGCAAACUAAGGUAUUGAUAAUGCAUGGGCCCUUGCCUAGCCCAAGUGCUGAGUUGUUCCAAAUUCUACCUGUGGAUAACUGA